AUGCCAAAAUACGAUUGCUGUUUUCCAUUUGUUCUUUUUUUUUUCUUUUUUAAUCCUUUUUUACGGUUACUUGCUAGUAAAAAUCCUUGUUCAAAUUUUUUGCCUCGUGUCAACAGAUCAAAUCAGAUUGCUCUCAGAUUAAAAUUAAAAAUUUAGAAAAGAAUUAAUUUAAAGAAGAAAAAAAGAUAGAAAGCUCGAUAGAAUUCGAGCCCAAUUUCGAAAAUUGACUCAAAAGUAACUCUUCGGGGUUUACCAAUCCUGCAUUAGGAUUGAUGUUGUACAUAGCGAAUGAUUAAUAUUAUAAGCUAUAUAAUAACGAUAUUGAUGAUCGUAAUAAUUUACGAUCAUAUGUAAUAUAACUAUAUCAAUUAAAUUUGCAAAAUUUUAUAAACAAAAUUUAUGUUGCAUUGAAUAGAUUAUAAUAGAUUAUUGAAAUGUUGCAGAUGUCACACCAUCGGAGCAAGAAGAUCUGUUCAUCCGAAAACUUCGGCAAUGUUGUGUGACCUUUGAUUUUAUGGAUGCUAUGGCGGAUCUUAAAGGCAAAGAAAUUAAACGUAGUACACUCAAUGAAUUGGUUGAAUACAUCACAGCCGGACGAGGUGUCCUUACAGAGCCUGUGUAUCCUGAAAUCAUUAAAAUGAUUUCUGCAAAUCUGUUUCGCACAUUACCACCUAGUGAAACACCUGAUUUUGAUCCAGAGGAGGAUGAUCCAACACUGGAGGCAAGCUGGCCCCAUCUGCAAUUGGUUUACGAAUUCUUUUUACGCUUUCUUGAAUCCUCAGACUUUCAGCCUACUAUUGGCAAAAAAGUUAUUGACCAAAAAUUCGUUUUACAGUUAUUAGAGUUAUUUGAUUCUGAAGAUCCCAGGGAAAGAGAUUUUUUGAAAACUGUUUUGCAUCGUAUUUAUGGGAAGUUCCUUGGUCUUAGAGCCUUUAUACGUAAACAAAUCAGUAACAUUUUCUUGAGGUUUGUAUAUGAAACGGAGCAUUUCAAUGGAGUUGGUGAGCUUCUUGAAAUUUUGGGUAGCAUUAUAAAUGGAUUUGCUCUUCCUUUAAAAGUUGAGCACAAGCAGUUCUUAGUUAAGGUGCUGCUACCACUACAUAAAGUAAAGUGCUUAUCAUUAUAUCAUGCACAAUUAGCUUAUUGUGUGGUACAAUUUCUUGAAAAGGAUGCAACCUUAACAGAGCCUGUUAUACGAGGCCUCCUGAAAUUCUGGCCUAAAACGUGUAGCCAGAAGGAGGUAAUGUUCCUUGGUGAAAUUGAAGAAAUCUUGGACGUAAUAGAACCUAGCCAAUUUGUUAAAAUACAAGAACCUUUAUUCAGGCAAAUUGCACGUUGUGUGUCCUCGCCACAUUUUCAGGUUGCUGAAAGAGCAUUGUACUUUUGGAAUAACGAGUAUAUAAUGUCCCUAAUUGAAGAGAACAAUCAUGUAAUAAUGGGAAUCAUGUUCCCAGCACUGUAUAGAAUUAGCAAGGAACACUGGAAUCAGACGAUUGUAGCUCUUGUUUAUAACGUUUUAAAAACAUUUAUGGAAAUGAAUAGCAAGCUCUUCGACGAACUUACUGCCAGCUAUAAGUCUGAAAGGCAAAAGUGGAAAUUCACUCCCAAGCUGCCCAAUCAUUAGCCCUUAGUUUACGUCGAUUGUCCAUACACUACAUGCAAAAAUUACUGUUGUUAGUGGAGCAAAGUGUCUCACAAUAUGGCAUUCUUGACGUAAUGUAAUUUCUUUCAUUAGUUACUAGCCUAAAGGGCGAAGUGGAGAAGAGAAAAAAAAAUGAGAAAGAAUCAGUAAUCACAAUUUUAUUCUUCUUCGACGCAAUGAUAAUUGAUGAAUUCUAA